GCCGCGGCGGCGGCGGCGGGAGCGGGGCCGAGCUCGGUGUCCCCAUCCCCAUCCUCAGCGCCAUCCGCCACCGCCACACCCUUCCCGAGCCCACACUGCAGGACCAUGGAUUUCCCAGGACACUUUGAGCAAGUCUUCCAGCAGCUCAACUACCAGCGUCUGCACGGGCAGCUGUGCGACUGUGUCAUCGUGGUGGGCAGCAGGCACUUCAAGGCGCACCGCUCGGUGCUGGCCGCCUGCAGCACGCACUUCAGGGCGCUCUUCACGGUGGCCGAGGGCGACCAGAGCAUGAACAUGAUCCAGCUGGACAGCGAGGUGGUGACGGCCGAGGCCUUCGCCGCGCUCAUCGACAUGAUGUACACGUCCACGCUGAUGCUGGGCGAGAGCAACGUGAUGGACGUGCUGCUGGCCGCCUCGCACCUGCACCUCAACUCGGUGGUCAAAGCCUGCAAGCACUACCUGACCACUCGGACGCUGCCGCUGUCGCCGCCCAGCGAGCGCGCCCAGGAGCAGAGCGCGCGCCUGCAGCGCUCCUUCAUGCUGCAGCAGCUGGGGCUCAGCAUCGUCAGCUCGGCGCUGGGCUCGGCUCAGGGGGCUGAGGAGCCGCCSGGAGCCAUGGGCUCGUCGCUGCGCCCCGGGCUGGAGCAGCGCGCCGCCUUCCCCAUGCGCCGCCUGCACAAGCGCAAGCAGUCCUCGGAGGAGCGCGCCCGCCAGCGCGUCCGGCCCGCCAUGGACGAGCCCGGCUCGGACACGGCCGCAGAGAGUGGACAGCCCGUCGUCCACUCGCGAGAGGAGUUCUUCUCUCCGGACUCGCUCAAGAUGGUGGACAACUCCAAGGCUGACGCGGUUGCCGAUAACCAGGAGGACAACACCAUCAUGUUUGACCAGUCCUUCGGCGCUCAGGAGGAUGCUCAGGUGCCCAGCCAGUCAGAUAACGGUGGGGGAAACAUUUCCCAGAUGUCCAUGGCGUCCCAGACCACGCAGGUGGAAACCAGCUUUGACCAGGAGGCUGCUGCUGAGAAGAGCAGCUUCCCGUGUGAGAAUCAGGAGGUGACCCUGAACGAGAAGGAGCACAUGAGAGUGGUGGUGAAGUCGGAGCCCCUGAGCUCCCCGGAGCCUCAGGAUGAGGUGAGCGAUGUCACCUCGCAGGCGGAGGGCAGCGAGUCCGUGGAGGUGGAAGGAGGAGUGGUGAGUGCAGAGAAGAUAGAGCUGAGCCCCGAGAGCAGCGACCGCAGCUUCUCUGACCCCCAGUCCAGCACCGACCGAGUGGGAGACAUCCACAUCAUGGAGGUGUCCAACAACCUGGAGCACAAGUCUUCUUUCAGCAUUUCAAACUUCUUGAAUAAAAGCAGAGGAGGUGGCUUCAGCACCAGCCAGAACAACGAUGACAACAUUCCCAACACCACCAGCGACUGCAGGAUGGACAGUGACACAUCAUACCUGAUGAGCCCGGAGUCUGGACCCACAGGUGGCCACUCGUCCACGGCCGUGUCCCACGUGGAGAACCCGUUCAGCGAGCCCGCRGACUCACACUUUGUGCGGCCCAUGCAGGAUGUGAUGGGUCUGCCCUGCGUGCAGAGCUCCGGCUACCGAGCAGCCGAGCAGUUUGGCAUGGAUUUCCCACGCUCGGGGCUGGGCUUGCACUCGCUGUCCCGGGCCAUGAUGGGCUCCGUGAGAGGCGGAGCUGGUGGCUUUCCCGGCUACCGCCGCAUCGCCCCCAAGAUGCCGGUGGUGACCUCGGUGCGGGGCUCGCAGCUGCAGGAGGGCUCCUCCGGCUCGCAGCUGAUGAUGAACGGCAGCUCCUCGUUCGAGGGCGGGCACCUGUCGCAGCCCGGCCCGCCGCAGCUCACCCGGGCGUCGGCCGACGUGCUGUCCAAGUGCAAGAAGGCGCUGUCGGAGCACAACGUGCUGGUGGUGGAGGGCGCGCGCAAGUACGCCUGCAAGAUCUGCUGCAAGACCUUCCUGACGCUGACAGACUGCAAGAAGCACAUCCGCGUGCACACGGGGGAGAAGCCCUACGCCUGCCUCAAGUGCGGCAAGCGCUUCAGCCAGUCCAGCCACCUGUACAAACACUCUAAGACUACCUGCCUUCGGUGGCAGAGCAGCAACCUGCCCAGCAGCUUGCUGUGAGCCGCCCCCCGCGCCGGGAGGAGCCUUGCCGCCGGCAGGGGCAGGGGCAGGGGCAGGGAUGGGCGGGUGGUGCCGCUCUCAGAGCCUGGGCUCUGCCUUUGGGGAUAUCCGGUACCUACCUCGCAGGUGUCACCGCCGGGAGCCGCGGCGGGGAUGGGGAUGUGACCCCCAACAGCCAAGCGGCCCCUUUGCAGGGCAGAGGGGUGACGGCGUGGGGGUCUCCUAAAACAGCACGUUUUGAGAAACAGAAACUGAAGUGCAAAUUUCUUUUUUUUUUUUUUUUGGUUUUUUUUUUUCCCCUCUAAAGCAUUUUGUAACAGUGAAAGCAUUUAAAUGAUUACUGUAACACGAGUUGCUGCGUUAUGUGAGGGCAGUGGUGCAGAGCGCUCACCUUUAAAAGAGAAAAACAGCUUUGGAUGCACCUGUCUGACAUAAUGCUUUAAAAUAACACUAAUUAUAACAAUAGUUCUAGGAUUAUGAAUGUAUGUUUGGCUGUUUUUGUAGUAAAAGACACUGUGUAAUCAAGGUGCUUAAAUUAAAUCCCAGAGUAACUUUUGGACUGCCAGGUGUACAUAUAACUUUAAUACAGCAAGAUCUGGAUGUUUGGCUGGUUUUCUUUUUUUUUUUUCUCCCGUAGAAAUGAGUAUUAAGUGGUAAGUGAAGUACUGUCUCUUGUUUGUGCUAUUCCUAGCAGUAUUUUAACCAGUUUGUAUCUCCUAUGUUACAAUUCUAUAUACGCAGAAGUUUGAACAGAGCUUGUCUUUGUCUGAUGUUUUGAAGGAGAGGUAAUUUGUGAUGUUUUUUUUUUUUUGCCAGUAUCUCGCUGUUCCCAGAUGCCCACAGUCCCUCUGGUCCCUGUUAGUAUGAGCACGUUGUCCUUUUAUCUCCAGGUUUUCAUUCCCUGCCUUGUGCACUUAGUGACUUCCUUUGCAGCUGUGGAUCUUUCCUUGGGUCAAAUCRCUCCUCAGAGCAAUCCUAGUUUGCCAUGUUUCACAGGAUCAGUGAGUAUGAGUUGGAAGGGUUGCACCAGGAUAAUUUUGUGCAGCUCCUGGCCUUGCAGAGGACACCCCAGUAAUCCCAUCCUGUGCCUGAGAGCGAUGUCCAAACACUUUUUUAUCUCAGGCAGGCUUGGGGUUGUGACCCGGUCCCCGGGGAGUAUUUUCAGUGCUGGACCACCUUCUGAGUGAAAAACCUUUUCCUCAUACCAAACCUCAACCUUCCCUGACUCAGCUGCAGAUUUUCUCUCAAAUCCCACCACUGGUGAGUGAAGAGAUCUGUCCCUGCUCUUSUGCUGCCCUCAGGAGGAUGUUGGUGGGGUCUGAGCUCAGUCUCAUCUCUGAGCUGAACAUAAAUGCCCUCCCAAGGCUUGCUCUCAGACUCCUCACCAUCCCCGUGGCCUCUGGACAUGCUCUGGCAGUUUAAUUCUUUUAUACGGUGGUGCUAAAGUUGUCCCGAGCACUCAAAGUGUGCAGAGCAGAGCAGAGCAGGACAAUUCUCCCCUCACAGGGCCGGUGAUGGUCACCCUGAUGCCCCCAGGACACAGCUGACCCUCCUGGCUGCCUGGGCACUGCUGCCUCUUACUCUGUAAAAUGUCACCAAAUCCAGGCCUUCCACUUAAAGCAGUGUCAUAAAAGUACUUUUCCACAUCUAAAAACUGCUAACAUAAAUUUAAAAAAUGUUGCUGUACACACUGUAGCAGAAAUUUGUCAUUCUCCAUGUAAGYGAUGUAAAUCUCAUUUUCAUUUCCUCUUCUUUGGUGCCACUGUAACUCAACACUGCCUGCAGUCUCCUUUCUUGCUUGUCAAAGGUGCRCUCAAACUGGUGCUCAGAAUUCUUAGGUUUUAAAAUAAAAUUUCAGAGCACUUCUGCUGAUGGGAAAUGCMGCUUAGCCAAGCAGGGGCUGGGUCAGGGCUGCAGUGUGUCCUUCUGCUCAAGUGACACACAGGAUUUCCUGCACCUGCCCUGUCAGCACGUUGUUUGCACCUUGACUAUCUGAGAAAUGCAGAAACACAGGAGAUAGUUGGAUUAAUUCCUUUAAAAUGUUAAGGUUUUGUUAUAGGGUUUACUUAAUGGUCAUUUUUAUGGCUCUUGAUUUUUUUAAGCAUUAAAAUAACGCGUUUUUUUAAAGCAGUGGGAUACUCCUCUGUUUUGUUUGAAAUAAUUUCAGUAUUGGGGACUAAUGGCAUUAAGCUGCAUAAACACUCUCCGAAACAUCAAUAAAAUGCAGUAUUUCCUACUUUAAUAUUUUCUUGUGUUGCUUUWUUAAAAGUAACACUGAUUGUUUUGUCUUCAUUGCAUUUUUAGUUUUGCUUUUUAAAAACAAGGCUUGAGUUUUUUACAUUUUCUGUAGCACAUCCAAAUUCAUUGAAUUGUUACAAUGUUUGGAAAGAAUGCAUCUCUUUGAGCAAGGAGAUUAAUUAAGCCCUAGUAGGAGCAGAUAAACACUUAACUGGACUUUUAAAUGUUUUUAUAACAAAUUUAAUGUGGAGUAUCAGUGCAGGAGGACUUCUGCAUUCUUUCUUUGAGAAAAAUUCUGGAGCAUUUUUGGAAGCAGCAGCUUUAAUUCCAUUAUCAGUUGAUGUGCAGUGGCAGGCCCAGAGCCCGCAGCUGCCUCGCAGCUUUCCGAGUCUUCCCGAAUGAAGCAAUAAAUUCCUGGGAACAGCGUAAAUACCUGGACUGAGCUCUCUGUGCGAAGGGUGUCUCACCCACAGCCUGCAGAGCUUAUCCCACUGAAUCCUGCUCAGAACUGAACUUUACAAAUGGGACUGGAGGUGUUGGGUCUGUUCCRAAGCACCUGGAAAUAAACCUGAUGUUUUUGUGCU